AUGGAUAUCAAGACGAUCGCUGCCAAUUACGGCGGCUUAUCAGCUCAUGUGAUAGCGCGUGCAGAAGAGAAUUGGCGUAUCACUCGUGCCAAGAAGUCAUCAGGAUUGGAUCAAUUUGCUGGUCCUGUCGCGUGUAUUGUAGUGGCUGCAUGUGCACUGAAUGAACACGUAGAUAGGACGAAAUUGGCAAAAUGUGCAGGUGCUAGUAAGCGGCUAAUUGAGCCCACAGUACGAAAAAUAGUGGACGCAAUAGGUAUUCAAACAAUUAUCAAGACGUCACCAGCUGUACUGUGCAUUAAAUUUGGCUGUGAAGCACUUACGGAGAUCGUGAAUCAUGUCUUGGAUGAGUAUCGCGAGUAUUUGAUGCAGAUGGCAGCAAUGAACAGAAAAAAGAAGUCCAAGCACCCGUUGGGACCGACAAUGAGGACUAUCAAUAGUCAAGAUCCAGUCUUUGUAGCUGCAUGUUUGUAUGCAGUUAGCAAAAAUGCAAAGAUGAAUGUGAACCAGGACAAAUUGCUUGAAGCUGUAUAUGGUAAUGCAAAAGAGUUUGAUGCUGUUGUAUCUUCUGUGGAGAUGCACUGCCAGGCGUCAUUGAGCGGUGCUAUCAUGGAUCGGAAAAAGCGGCGUAAACUUGCAGGAGACAAAGCAUCUACAAAUUUAGUGGAGCAAUUUUGCCUUCAACAGCUUGAAGAGGAGGAGCGUGCAAAACGACAGAUGAUAAGCCAUGACGAUGAAAUAGCCCAGACGCUGGCGCAACAGCGUGUAUUCGAGAAGUUACGAGCAUCUCGUGUCGGGAUAUCAACACAAAGUCAUGGUUUAUCUCGAAAAGGUGCGGCAGUUGCUACUCCAGAGGAAUACGCUGAAUGGCGGACCAAGGCACUCAAGUUCAUGCACAACAAGAAGGAAAAGGCAGAAUGCAGAAAGCAGCAACAAUAA